GCUCGUCGCAGUGUACAGAGUGUUCGCGAUUUCAGCGACCGGCAGUUAAGGCCGGGAUGCGAAACGGUACGAGUAGUGCCAGCUGACGUUCUAAACUCUCUCGGACAUAUUUACAUUUUUUGUUUCGAUUAUCGAUUUCACCGGGUGUUUCGUUCGUUUUUAUUAAUACGGCAGACGAUAUGUUACCGAGGACCAGUUUAGUGCAUACUGUGACAGUAAUUUUAGGAUAUUUUUUGAUUGCGGACGGUUUCGAGCAAAAGUCGAGGUCAAAGAGGCCCAGAGCGCUUUCCACAGAGCCAGAGAACGAUGUAGAAAACGACCUGGAGGAGCGAAACAAAGACCUAAAUGCAAACUUUGUGCCCCCGGGAUUUUUGAGUCCGUCGGUGUUGGAAUAUCUAGAACUGGGCAAGUCCAUACCUGGAAGACCCGGUACUGAUUAUCCAGUACUAGGAAUGGUUCCCUACACAAACUUCUACUGCGACGAGCAGCCUUACCCGGGCUUCUACGCCGAUCCGGAAACGCGAUGUCAAACUUGGCACUACUGCGACAUAGACGGGAGACAAACCACCUUCUUGUGCCCGAACGGCACCCAAUUUAGUCAGCUAGUUUUCGUCUGCGAUUGGUGGUUUAACGUCAGAUGCGAACUUAGCGAAAAGUUGUAUGUAAUAAACAGUCGGCUUUACGGGAGGCCAAAGCUAGAUCCUGCGAAGCCUCACCGAACUAUUACCAAGCAACUGUUAGAAGACAUAUUCAACGACGAGGAGAAUUAAGGACACAGAUACAACCACAGAAUGGAAAAAAAAUGUUAAACAAAAAUUAAUAUGUUGUUAAAAACGGAUUUUAUAUGUAGGUAUUCUGUAAUUAUUACACAAUGCAAAGGACCGUAUACAACCAGCCACGUGUCGUCGCUUAGAUUCUAUUGUUAUAGAUAUCUAAUAUUAUAGAAUAUUAACGUUACAUAGUAGAAUAAGGUAAACCAAAAGAAGAUGUGUAUUCAAUAAAGUUAAGGCAUAGAGAACACUCAGUAUUUGAGAUGAAAGUUCAAAACCAGAAUUUAUGUAUCACUCACAGCUUUGAAUGUUAAUGAUAUGGAUUUUUAAAUAUUAACUAUUAAGUUGACAGUGACUGUAUUAAAGCAGAAAAGUUGCGUUAAACCACUAGUUUGUCGUUGUUUGAAUACAGGGUGUUAGUUAAAAUAAUUACUUAAGAUUCCUGUAAUUUUCAAAAAUCCUCAUUCACCCCUAAUUCAGAGAAAAUAUUACAUAAAACUUAGGAUUUAGGAAUAUCUGAUUUUUAUUCAUUGUCAAUCUUUUUCCGAUUUCUUGCUUUGAGGUCAGCAACGUCCUCCCGGUUGUUACAAGCAUUUAAGAAACAACCUGUAAACAUUCCAGAAAAUAAACACAUUUCCCCAAAAUUAAAGUCCAAAUCGCAUAAGUUUAAUUAUAGUAUAUACAUAUUUUUUAAAUUAUGGUUAAUUGUUGUAGCACAGCUAAAAAUUUUUUGAAUGUUUUUGUUUCUAGGAUUAUUUUUUUUUACGUCUGUUGAUUUAUUGAUGUAUGUACAUAUUGUAUGUAUGUACGUAUUGUUUUGUAUUUAACGAUACUGUGUAAAGGUGUAAUAUAAUUUUUAAUAUAGAUUCGGUU